UUUAUGAACACUUUAUCGCAUACGGUAAAUAAUGAACGGUUCAAAAUGUGAUCGUUUAAUUCAAGGCGAAACUUUUUUGGCGCGUAUUUCAAAGAUCGACCAUGACUGGCUUGUCGAAAAGCAACAGUUAAUUUAACCAGAGAUUAAAUAUGGCAGAUCAGCAAAAAGUGAAGAAAUACUACAUAAGGGGAAGAACACUGUCCUUUGAAGAAGAUGGUGCCCAUGAGUUCAAAGGGCAUCGUAAUUUAUGUGUGGAGGAGAUCCCAUAUUUCUCAAGGGGAACAGAUAAAGUCCACAGCAGCAGAAAGGCCAUUUCCAGGAAUCUUAAUGCAUUCUUAAAUUCUGGAAAAGGAGGCACAGUGUAUUUAGGUGUAAGUGAUGACGGAUCAGUUCAUGGCUUGAAAAUGUCUCAUUUUCAGAAGGAACAUUUUUUGGAAAGUCUGGAUGAUCUGAUGAUGAGAUAUGAGCCAACUGUAGCCCCUCAUCGCUACAAUGUGAAGUUCAUACCUGUCAUUGAGCAGAACACCACAGAAGCAGACAUUUUGAAGCUUUGCACCUAUGAUUCCAGUUUUGCUGCUGCCAGUCUAGAGAGAAAUCGUAAGCAUGUUUUACGAAAUCCAUGCUACUGCUGGUGUGAUAAGGAAGCUGUGGCUGCGUACAACUGUGGUCUAGUAACACCAGACUAUGUUGUGGAAGUAGUCAUUCAACCCUGGAAACGAGAUGACCCUCGAAAUGUGGGCCUAGGAUUGAUAAUAAAUAUUCAUCCAUUACACAAAGAUGAGGAGGGCAAGAUUUAUUUUAGGAGACAAGCCAGUGUUGUUCAGUACUCCUUGAACUCGUUGGUGCAGAUAACUAAACAAGAAGUAAAAGAGUUGUGCGAGGGAGAAAUAGCAAGGCUCAAAGGAGAAAUAGCGCUGCUGAAACAGAGACGAAGAUUGCUAUCAUAGGUGUGCCUGUACUAAGCCUGUCCUAUGCUUUUUUACUUCUACUGUUCAAAGUUACUGUUCUACUGUUCUACACUGUUCAAAGUUUCAUGUAAACCUGGCACUGUUCACCAGCAAAGAGUAAAUAUUGAUCACAUCCACAUGUAUAAAUCAAACACAGCUCUCAAAUUGCCAUCAGCUGCCAUGUCUUUGAAAAUCUAUUGUAAUCAUUACUGAGAACUCAGAUUCAAUUGUAUUGUUUUGGCAGUGUAGGGGUAAGAAGUAUAGACUAUAUAUUUGGACACUUGAUAUGUACCUCUUGUUUCACAUACUUUGUUUUCAUUUAAAUAAUAUUUAUAAAUAUAGAUAUGAAAAUGAUAUCUACAAGUAAACAGCUGUGGCUAACAAUCAUCAGACUUGGGCGCAACAUCUUUACAUAAAAAUAGAUGUAAUAAUUUAUUUUAAUCCAUGCAAAGAAAGUGUUUCAAUCAACCCUCAAAUACGACAAAUUUGAGAGAAUUCUUGUUGUUUCUAGGUGGGCAGAUGCUUUUACAAUCAUUAGAGUUAAUUUUAAAACAGUUUUAUUCAGUUUUGUUUGUAGAUAAGAUAAAAAUUUGCCAACAAUUUUAGUGCACUUAAUAAAUACCAGUCUUUAUAAAAUGCCAAGAUAAUAAACAAUUACUAAAGUCAAUAA